AUGAGGGCAACCGAUCGCUUCCAAGUGAUUGCAUAUAUCUUCCUGGCACUUACACACCUCGGUCGAGCAAGUGUCUCCCAACACAAUGUCCCAAUUCUUGCAACCAGACCACCGGACAUCGACACGGUCUCUUUCCUCAGUUCCCGGGCGCAAGACCAAGACAGCAUCUUCAACGAAGCCGUCAAAAUCCUGGACUCGAUGCAAUCUUCACCCUCGUGCAACCGGCUUGCAGCGACAAAACUAGUGAACUCGUGCCAAACAUUCAGCGAUGGCAAGGACGGCACGCAGACGGAUAACCCAGAGACUCUCGACGUUCUACGAUCCGUCUAUGCAGUACGCCUGGCAUUGUGUGAGAUCGACGGUGCUGGUACCCAAAUGCCUCCCUCGUGCCUCCCUGUUACUGUCUCGCCACCUCCACAGAAGAAUCGAUUUGGCUUUGUGAGUCGACACAGAGGCCCCGACCCCAUGUCGGAUGAAGUUCCAAAAGAAUUAUUGGAGCAAUGUCUGAGGACACUUGAGUCACGACCCCAGUGGUGGACCUCUUACAGCAACAGCCGACAGAAUGCUCUUGUGAUCUGCCAUGCCUCGCGAAUCGAGACGGAGAAAGAGGAGCUUAUUGAGCUUCAACGAUCCAUUGCCAAGAGCAGUCUCAAGCUCAACAAUGGGCUUCAAGAGGCGUUGCGAAAUGCAAUUGCACAGUCUGCGCAGCAGCAAUCAUUCAUACAUGCUCUUCAGUCUCUGCAAGGGAAGAUCGUGACCGAUAUGGAAGCGACAGACUCUGUGUUCAAACGAACAUUCGGCAAAUUCCUUCGAGAAAUCGAAGCUGGAAUCUGGUCGCUGCAAGAUUCUAUAUCUGAGGCUUUGUCGAAUGUGCGGGCUGGAACUGGGGUCCUCGAAGGGGAUAUCCGGAACGUAUCUACUCAAGUUGGAGCACUUCAACAGGCUCUACGGAGUGCACAUCAAGAUGCAAUGACUAGAAGCCGAGAGACGUUGCUAGCUCAAGAAACCAAUGUUGUCGCCCAGAAGAAUCUCGCAUCAUCUUUACACCUGUCGCUCGAGUCACUUCUGGACUCAGACAUGGACAAACUGUACCAAGGCAUGCAGAGAUUCGAUGCUGCUAUGGAAUGGUUGGCCAGCCGGAUGAACAUGAUUCUUGAGCAAGAAACCAGGAUGACAGAGCGACUUCAAAACAUGGAAACCUUUAUACAAAGAUCCGAAUCGAAGGCAAGCGAGCUACAAAAGGCGCAGGACCAACAAACAGAAGCACUAUCUGCCCAAUCGCGGGCCCAGGAGGCCAUUCAAUUCGAUGCGCAAGUGUCGCAAGCUUUGCUGGCCAAAACUAGUGUUGCUGCUGCCAAUUUACAAUCCGUCAUCGACGAUGCAGCGUUAAAGUUCAAGCAUGUCCCGGGUUUCGGCAUUGGGGGAUCCUCGGCAUGGUCUAUCUGCGCCGUCCUACUCAUCGUCCUUGCCGCCCAGAACCUUAAGAUUGCAAUUGCUUUAAUUUUUCUCAUUUUGGGCCAUUCUGUUGCCCUUAUUAUCUUCAAAUUUCUCUAG